CAAUGCAACGAUGUUUUGUAAUUUAAAAAAUCCAAUCACAAUACCUACAAUACAGUCAUACAUAACAGCAAUGACCUAGCUUAACUAUAAUUAAAAUUACUGACCUGUGACUAAGAGCAGUUAGUCGUAAUUUUUCGAGGAAGUGAAAUAAACCUUGUUAACUCGCUGACCUCAUACCAGUAGUCCUUAAUUUUGUUGUCACUGACACAGGGCUCUAGCAACGCGAUACGAAGUGAUAAUUCUAUAGUUACAACGCUUCCAACGCUUAUGGAUAAAACUGUGAUCAUUCAACCGUGGCUUUUUUGUGAUAACAGUAUUAACACCAACUGUGUCAACUGAACACACACUGAGCCUGUCACAGGGUCUCCUAAGUCCUAAUAGAGGUUUAUGCUAUCAUGUCCAAAGUAAGACCUCAGUGGCAGUUACAAGCUUUAGCAGCACAACGAAGAGACAAUGAAAUCCGGAGAACAGAGGAAUUGAAAAAGGUUGCCAAUUACUUUGAGUUAAACACAAAUAAGUCCAAACACCAUGAACAAUGGACCACCAAAGACUAUUACGAGAAGGCUAAAAAGGAUGCAGAACAGUUGUGUGAACAGAAGCUUAAGGCAAUCCGGCUGGAAGAGCGUCGCAAAAAACUAGAAAACAUGCUGUACCAAGAAAAUCUGCAAUAUCAAGAAGAAAUUAAAGAACUAACUUCUAAGCCUAAGCUUUAUAAGAAUGGGUCAUACCUAAACCAAGUAUCAACAUCAACACUGCGGGAGAUAAACCAGGGCAUCAUAGAGAAGGAGCAGCAGUUGCGGAAACAGGAGGCGGAGCUGAAGCUGUAUCACGCCUGGCGGAUGCAGCAACCCGAGUGGCAGGCCACCAAGUCCUAUAUCGCUAGCGGGAAACUCAAGUCUGCAUGGACUGAGCAAAUUAUAGAGAAAGAGACCCAGAAAAAGAAGGAGGAGGAAGACACUCGAAAGAUCCUGCAAGAGCGAGACGAACAGAUACGACAGCAGAUACAGGAAGAGAAAGAGAAAUUGAAAGAAAAGGAGUUAAAAGUUAAAGAACUCCGCAACUGUUUAGAAGAUCAAAUAGCCGAGUUGAAUGAGAAAGAAUCUGUUGUAAAAGAACUAAGAAAACAGGAGGAAAGAGAGAAAAUGAUACUGGAGGAGUUGCAAGCCUUAACUAAAGAAAGAGAAAAAGAACAUGCACGCCUUAUAGCAGAAAGGGACGCAACUAUUAUCAAUAUGGGCUUGCAUAAGUACAAACUAAAGAAGAAAGUAAUUAGUGUUAUCAAUGAAAUUGAAUUGGAACUGAAGAUGCUAGAAAAAGUGCGAAUUAGCAUUAUGAAGGACUACGAAUGUGAACAACAAAAGUCUGUAAACUACAAACGAGUUUUAGAUAUAGCCUUACAAGAGCUAGAAGAGUACAGAGACAGAGAGAGACAGAGACAGAAGAACAUAGAGGCUAUGUACGACGGAGAGGCGAGACAGAUCAACGAAAAACAGGACCAACUUUGGGCGAAAGAACGCGAAGCGCGCUGUAUGCUUAUGAACGACGUUAUCACAACAUUAAAAAAACAACUCCAAGAAAAGUUGGAAGCUAAUCUACUGCAGCAGAAAGAGAAUGUUUUAGAACGAGAAAAGCUCAUUGAGGAUAUGGACAACUUCCACCAGGAAGUGCAGAGAAAGGAGCAAGAUACAAAGUUACGUGACACUAGCUGCUUCAGCAUCAGAGCUCUACAGUCCCAGCUCAACGGGCUCCAGGUGCAGGCGCAGAAGUUAGACGAGCGUGCGCAGCUUGACACGCAAAUACGUGAGGCAUUCGCGCGCGAGCGCCGCUUGCGGGCAGAUAUAGCGCGCGCGCAGCGACGCGGCUCCGCUUGGAUUGAUUAAAAAUGCUGUGUGCUAGAGAACCACUGAUAACUGACACUGAACGAUUGAAGAUAGUUGGAUACUACUGAUUAUACACAGAAAUUAAGAAACAAAAAAGUGAGAACUGAUAUUGUAAGAAAGAAAAAUAGGAAAAAUACAUGGUAAAUUAUGUGCUGUUCGUCAUAGUUUGACGGUUGCCUUACUGGCGACCGUCAAAUUAUUUAAAUUAUUUAAACAAAACUGUAAGUUUUGUACUUCUACUGGAUUCAAUUUCUAGUUCAAAUGCUAGCAGACGCCAGCCACGGACAUAAGUGCAUAAGUCUUUAAUUAUCUAAUAUAUAAAAUUCUCGUGUCACGAGUGACGAGGUGCGUGAUUGAACUUCUCUGAAACGGCUCGACCGAUUUUCGUGAAUCAUAGCGAGCAUAUC